AUGGAAGACGAUUCAGCUAUAAUUCUACCUUUUCGAAAAGUGCCAUCGGACGAAGAAGAAAGAGGAUUAGAGACUGUUGAUGUAUAUAUAUCUGACGUGGAACCCGCCGAGACGGGACGGGUUUUAAAGUAA